AAGUGACUUAUCCUGGUCUCAAAGUACAUCAAUAUCAAUCAGCAUUGCCCAUUUUGGGCCGACCAACCAAAAUGGGUUCUUCAAUACGUCUCCUCUCCUUCCUCGUAGUCAUAACCCUCACCUGCUUCCCAUCAUCGGAUCUCUCUGCCUGGGCGGAAGUCAAUACCCAGGAUGCCACAUCUGCUGGCCUUGCUUUGAACUUCUACAGAGACACCUGCCCUCAAGCUGAAGACCUCAUCAGAGAGCAGGUCAAACUUCUCUACAAGCGUCACAAGAAUACUGCCUUUUCUUGGCUCAGGAACAUUUUCCAUGACUGCUUUGUUGAGUCAUGUGAUGCUUCGCUGCUGCUGGACUCAACUAGGAGGGCUCUGUCCGAAAAGGAGAUGGGGCGGAGCUUUGGGAUGAGGAAUUUCAGGUACAUUGAGACCAUAAAAGAAGCUGUGGAGAGGGAGUGUCCUGGAGUUGUUUCUUGUGCUGAUAUUCUUGUCUUGUCUGCUAGAGAUGCCAUUAAUGCUCUUGGAGGCCCUUACAUCUCAUUAAAAACUGGAAGAAGAGAUGGAAGGAAGAGCAGAGCAGCUAUUCUAGAGCAACACCUCCCCGAUCACAAUGAAAGCAUGAGUGUUGUUCUUGAGAGGUUCUCCAACAUUGGAAUUAAAACUCCUGGAGUUGUUGCUUUGCUAGGAGCUCACAGUGUUGGAAGAACCCACUGCGUGAAGCUGGUUCACAGAUUAUACCCAGAGGUGGAUCCGCAGCUGAACCCUGAUCAUGUCCCACACAUGCUCAAGAAGUGCCCGGACCCGAUCCCAGACCCGAAGGCAGUACAGUAUGUGAGGAAUGACAGAGGCACCCCCAUGAAACUAGACAAUAACUACUACAAGAACAUUCUGGAAAACAAGGGGUUGAUGCUUGUGGACCACCAGCUGGCUACAGACAAGAGGACGAAGCCAUUCGUGAAGAAAAUGGCAAAGAAUCAGGAUUACUUCUUUAAGCAGUUCUCCAAAGCAAUCACCAUUCUCUCUGAGAACAACCCUCUCACCGGCAGCAAAGGCGAGAUCAGAAAGCAAUGCAAUCUUGCUAACAAGCUCCAUUAGAAAUUGCACAAUGGUGAUGGGCUUUGUUUCUUAUCAUCAUAAGUAAAGCCUAAUAGUAGUAAUUAAUAAGAGGGUUAAUGGGCUUUCGCUUGCUGGAGUUUGUUAAUUCCCAUGGUUCCAUUGUAAAUUUCUUGUGUCGUGCUUUAUUAGUUUAUGUAUAUAUGUGUAUGUAACUUUGAAUGCAUGGUCUGGUGUAAGUAGUUGGCGCCUUAGCAGUGUGGAGUUUAUAUUCAAGUCAAUGAUUACUUUUGCUUGAUCUUGUUAAUCUUUUUUUAUUGUUGCUAUCAUGUGGUGUGAACAAAGGGUAAAUUGAUUUAACCAUUGAAUUGUUAAAUGUGAAGAUGAUGUAAUUUGACUUAGCUUGCCUUAAAAA